CACACACAGGAACGCAGCACAUGCAUACCGGCACAUGGGCGCUUGUGCCAGCUGAAAGCAGCCGUGCGGACUCAGACCUCCUACCUGCCUCUUUCACUACAACUCCCGACUCGAGCUUUGAACAUACAGCUUUCUGGUUUAUCCUCUAUUCCAGAGACCCAGUCCGAGAUCUUACUGCCUGACUCGUAUACAGCAUGACUGUGUGGCUCUCCAGCUGACUUGCCGGCCAGCUUUUCGUGUGAGAUCACAGCUGGACAGGCUUGACGGACGAACUGGACAGGGAUUGUGAAGGGGAUCAUAAAGGCUGUUGUGUUGCCGGGGAUCGCUGCCAGCUGAUCUACCAGACCUGCGUUUUGGAUAAAGAGGCUCUGAUCGGCUGCACUGUGGCUGACCCGUGACCCCGAUCUGCAGCCUAACCCCAUCUGGGUCAGCACUGAGCUAAUAGAGGUGGUCUGGCCGGGCCUGAUGUGGAAUUUGACCCCGACUGACCCUGUCCCUCAAGUAGCCUUUCACUGAGCCUGGACUGGGAAAAGGAAAGAUAAAAGAGCAAGAGGGGCGACGGAGAAGACGGGAGGAAGAAAAGGAGAGAAGUGAGAGCAGCAGCACAGCGACCGCUCUUCCAGGAUGCCGGUGGAGACCCUGCGGCCAUCGGACAGCCGUCUGGCCGGGGUUCCCUUCACCUCUGCCAUGCCCUUCAGGAUACUUAACAAGGGUCCGGACUACUUCCGUCGUCAGGCUGAACCCGGAGCCCGUAAACUGAGCGCUGUAGAACGUCUGGAAGCCGACAAGGCCAAAUAUGUAAAGAGCCAGCAGGUGGCCCUCACCCGCCAGGCCCCAAUCAAACCGCCAAUCAUUCGCAAGCCCCUUGUUCCUCCAGGAAUGAUGCUCCAGUGUCAGAUCAGCACUCCUCCAGCCCGCAAAGGUCCCCGCUGCCCAGCUGAUGUGGAGAAUGGAGGAGGGAGAGAGGGACCUGGAAGGAGAAGAGGACCUGCUCUUAACUUGGAUAUUUUGAAUAAUCUUAUUAAUGAUGUAUGUGAUGGACCAAUGCCUUGUUCCCAGUCCUCUUCCUCCACCUCCCCCUCCUCAUCAUCUCCUUCAUCCGGAGCAAAAAGCAUCGGCAGUAGCCUGUCUGCCGAACAGGAGAGGAGCAACCGACUCCUCAACAACAUCAAACCAUUGAAUCACGGCAUUAUCAACUCCUCUUCCACCUCCUCCUGCACAUCCUCUCCAUUGAACAACAACCUCCGGACCCCUGCAGCAGAACCAACCCGCCGCCCCCCACCUAUUCCAGCACGAGCACCCCGCAUUGGGGUUCCAGUGCCCUACAGCUCCCCUAACUUGGUGACGGUGCGCAGGGUGGACGUUCGGCCUCAGGCUGAGAUGAGGAAGCCACAGAGGGCCCAGCUGCAGCCCCAGCUCCGGCCCAGACAGACUGCCCAGGGCCAAGUCGCACACCCCCAGGUCCCACCUCCUCCACCCCCUCAGAACCAACCCCACGCGCAGCUCAACAACCCCUCCCAAACUCUGCCGCCCCCUCCAGCCUACCUGCCGCCCAGCCCCAUGCUGGUCCGCGCGGGUAUGAUCCCACCAGCCUCCCCCGCGUUCACCCGCAUAUCAAACGCCAGCUCCAAGGGGUCUGCCCGAAAGCACCCAUCCUUACACCGCUCCAAGUCGGACCUGAGUGACCGUUACUCCCGCGCGACAGCGGACAUGGAGCGCUUCUUCAACUACUGCGGGCUGGACCCGGAGGAGGUGGAGGGUAUGGGUGGAGUGGAGUGUUUCACGAGAGCCAACUCGGACAUCGUGUCUGUCUCUAAGCUCCGCAGCGUCAGUACGCCCAGCUCGGAGGCCGACCGGGCGAGGGAGGACGGCGGAGACGAGGAUAACGAGGACGGGCCAGGCGCAGCCAGCGAACGGGUCCCCUAUGGCAUCUCCGUCAUUGAGAGGAACGCUCGAGUCAUAAAGUGGUUAUACGGCAUCCGUCAGGCACGAGACACUAAUAAUGCUGUCUCUAACGUAUAGACUAACGAGGACUUCAAAGGACUUCAAAGAAAAAACAGGGAAGCAGUACUUUUUGUAUGUAAACAUGUCUGAAGAAAGGAGCCCAUCUGUUCAUCUUCUGCUGCCUUACAUCACAUUUAAGGAUAAUCUAGUAGUUGUUUUUACUGUUUCCUGUGAAGACUCAUGCUUGAUUUGGAUAUUGCACAUCAGUCAUUUUUUAUCUGGGCUGCAAGUCAGGACUGCUUCCCUGCACCAGUAAACGGAUUUCCCUUUUCCUUGAUCUUGUAUAACACUAUUGGUAUAUGAAAGCAAUAAUAGACAGCUAUAAAUGAUGAUGGUGAGGAUGAAGGCAGAGUAUGUUUGCGACUGUGGUUCCUCAUGUAAAGGUACUGUGUGUGUGUGCGUGAGUGAGUGAGUGCGUGCGUGAGUGUGUGUGUGUGUGUGUGCAUGUACCAGAGAUGUCUGCAGCACAAAGCCAGACCCUGGAACUUGGCUGCAAAGUACUGGAGACUGAUGCUUCACGGUGCAGCAAUUGAGCAAGCUAGGAAGAGAACCACGUUGAUACUGUGAAUCUUCACAAAAAAGCUUCCAUAAAAACACUUGUAUUGUCAAAAAACCUUGUGGCUGUAAGACUGUUAUUAUACAAAUUUCUGUCAGCAUGCAAGUGAAACGUUUGUAUACAUUUAUCUUAGGGUUUGACAUCUCAACAAAGCACACACUUUACUCUCACACAGAUAAUCACUUGACGGCACAGAUGUACAUUCAGGUCAUUUACGGUAAAUACGGUCGCAGCUGCGGUCAGCGCUGUCUGUGUACCUGGCUGUAACAUUGUCUAGUUGUGUGUUUGCAUCUGAAACAUGGUCUCAUGUCGUGGAUUGUGCUGCACUGGUGCAGUGAGAGAAAUCUGUUUACUAUGUAUGUCUUGGCACGGAUGAGAGAGCAAGUCAUAUGAUAAGGGAUGAUCUCAUAAGUGGAUGGUUGAAGUAAGUGUAGCAUGAAAAAGUUAUUUUGCCUCAAGAGAGAUGGGGAGGAAAUCAAAGGCUGGGUAAAAGGAAGAGAGUAUACUCACGGCAAGUAUACUGUGGUUCUGAAAGUGUCUCAGGAAGAUGUACUUGGCAUACUAACAAAAAUGGACCAAUAUUUAUUUGGAAAAUGUAACUUGUAAUGUAUUUUUUAAUAUUGGACAACUUUGUGUACAGAAUAAAAUUUUUGCUCUUAAGUGCAAUCUGAUCAUAUCUACUACAGUUACAGUUAAUGUAGGAUCACACGUAAACACACAUGCAAAUACAGGCACCAGUCACAUGCUCAGUGUGAAAGUUGUGAACAGGGGAGUGCUACGUGUAACGUGCCCUGCCCCUGUGGGGAGCACUAAACUUACUGAUACUGUGGUGUAUUUAUUUGACUUCCUGUCUGUGGUAGUGGGAGCGAAAGGAGGUCCGUCUUCCCUGUACAAGUUCUCCACCCUCUGCAUCUGCUUUGUACCUGUACCUAUCACAUGUAGAUGAAGAGCAGCGUUCAGCGGCAGUCAGAUCAGAGGGCUGGAGAACGUGACAGCAGUGACGGUGAAGUGUGCUGUUGAAUCCGGCACUGGAUGCCCAAAGAGUCUUCAAGUGAGAGAUCCAAAACGCUUUACCAUGGUGUACUCUAAACAAUUAAUAAA